CUCCAACAACAAUGAACCAUUCUUAACCUCUACUCCCCUUCUCUUGCCCUCCGACAAAGGUUCAACCAUACCUACUCACCAACAAAAUGUCCACCCCCGACUCCCCCCUCUCCGACCUCUGCACAAUCUGUCACAUCCAGCCCCCGAAAUACCGCUGCCCACGAUGCUCCAUCCGCACCUGCUCCCUACCCUGCACGCGCCGCCACAAACUCUGGUCCCAGUGUUCCGGAGUCCGCGACCCAGCCGCCUACCUCCGCCGCAACGAGCUCGCGACCGAAGCCUCCUUCGACAGGGACUUUAACUUCAUCACGGGGAUCGAACGGUCGAUUGAGCGGGCGGGUCGGGACGUCGAGAACCGUGGGAUUAAGGUCGGUGAGAAUACGGGGUAUGUGGAGGAUUUGUCGGUUGUGGGGUUGGAGGAUGAGGAGGGGUUGGUUGCUCCGGAGCAGCAGGAUAGGAAGAGGAAGAGAGGUCCGCCUGGGGCUGGGAAUGCAGAGGGUAAAAGGCCUAUGAUGAAGGGGGAGGCGGCUUUCUUGCGUCGGGCGGAGAGUGCUGGGGCUAAGGUUGUGAGGGCGCCGAAGGGGAUGAGUCGGAAUAAGAUGAAUGAGUCGAGGUGGUUGCCUAAGCAGCAGGCUUUGACUUGGACAGUCGAAUGGAUUACAGGUGAUGGGCAGAAGACGAUGAGGACUUGUAUGGAGACAUCGUCGAUUGCGGAUUCUUACGACCGGACCUUUCCUUUGCCGAAGGAGGAGAAGAAGCAUAACAAGCAGGAGGAUGAGAAGUCCGAGCAGAAGACACUAGAGGAGCAACCACAGGAAGGGACCGUCCAAGAUCAACCCUCAACGACAGAGAUUCCGGCUCCGUCGACAGUGGCUUUACCAGAUGGUCAGCCAGAAACGUCAGAUGCCAAUGCUCAACCACAACAACCAAGUGCGCCGUCAGAGCCCCUCGAGAUAACAUCCCACCGCGAUGUCUACUUCUACCUCCAUCGUCCGCGAACAACCACCAAGCAUCCCGUCCUGAUUCCUCUGUCCCCGGCCAUGACCAUCACAUCAGCUUUGCGUGAUCACACCGUUCUAGAAUUCCCUACAAUCUACACACUAUCUGACUCACCUGAUGCCAUUCUAUCUUCGAGGGAAGAUCCACGGUACAUCCUCGAGGAAGAAUACAUCCGCACACACCAAUCUCCCGAGGAAAGCAGCGAGGAUAGCGCCGAAGUACAGGACAAUCAACUGCCUCCCGGCGCCAUCGAUCUGGCAGAUGUCGAUGAAACCAAGGUGUUGGAGGUCCUAACAAAGGAUCUCUUUGAACCUACAACAGCAGCUUGAUGAGAUUGGAACGCCUGAGUGGCAAGGGUGCCGGGGAAGCGCUGUAUAUUACCUCUAUAUACUUACUUUAAUUGCAUGGUGG